AUGAUAGAAUUUUAUAAAUUUACUUUGUAUGAAAUCUUAACAAAAUAAGAUUCAUUAAAAGUAUUCAAUCUUAAUAAAUUGAGAACAACUCAAAGAAAAUCAAAAUUAAAUAGAUUAAUUAUUAAUUUAAGUUUAAAAUAUUUAAGAUUAAAUCUAUUUAAAACUGAAGAAGCAACAUACUACAUUUUAAAGAAACCUAAUUAUUUAGGAUCAAUUAAAGCAUUUUAAUAAUUAAAGAAUUAUAAAUAUUUCAAUUAAAAUCAGUAUUAUUUUUAUUAAUUCUAGCCAUUACAAUCUAUAAUAUAUGAUCUAUGAAAUCAAUAACAAAUUUAAACUGCAUAAAACAGUAAAUAAAUGUAUUUAAAACAUUAGUUUUAUAAUCCAUUAAAAAAUUGAUCAAUAUAAUGAAAUUAUGAUACCUAAUUAAUAUCUAAAAAUAAUUAAAAAUAAAAUAAACAAAAUAAUCAGUUCAUUGUAAUUUAGAACAUUAAUAGGUAUAAUAUCUAACAUAAUCAAAUGUUCAUUCCUCUAUAGUGAUAUUAUAUAUUAAUAAAAUAAUAACAAAUAAAGAAAUGAUAUAAAUUUUUAAUUGUUUUAGAUCAUUAUAAAAAUAAGUUUAAGUAUAAUUUUUUGAAGUUCAAGAUGGAAUAGCAAAAAUGUUAGUAAAUUUUAUUAUUAUUGAUAAUAUUUUGGCUUAAAAAAUUAGGUUAAAAAAUUAAAACCAAAAAUAUAAAAGCUUAAAAGUUAGAAAUUCAUUUAAGAUUUGAAUAAAUCUUAUGAAAAAAUUAGUUGCAUAAAAGAAAUUUAUUAAUCAAAGCUAUAAAAAAAGGUAAAUUAAUAUCACAUUUUGAUAUAAUUAUAUCUGAGAUUAAAAGUAUGAUAAAAUGAGAAGGCUAAUUAUUCAAUAAGAUUGUUAGGAGUGAAUAAUGACAGAUAUAAAAUAAUUAGAGAAUUGAUGAUUACAAUGAAUGAAAUUAAGAAGACUUUGUCAAAAGAUGAGUCAAACUCAUUUACUUUCUAGAAAACGAUUGAAAAUAAAUUUAAAUUCAAAGAUUUGAUAUUCAGGAUAAUUAAAUUUUUAAAAAAAAGAAAUUAAAUAUCAUUUGAAUAUUUUAACUAAAAGAAGAAGUAUGAUUUAUUUAAUUGUGAUAUAAAAUAUAAAUUAAAAGUAAAGAAACAAUUCUAGCUUAAUGAAUAAUAAAUGAUAAAUGAAAUUUAAUAAUUAGAAUAAGAACUCUAAAUAAAUAUAAAUAUUCUGUUAUGGGGGCAUAUUGGGAAUUUAAUAACCAAUUGA